AGGAUCAUCGACGGCGGGCUGUCGGACGGAGAGGUCCGGGAGUACAUCACGAAGAUCUCGGCCCCCGAGUCGCCCUUGGCGAAGCGCGUGGAGAUGCUGCCGAAGCGGGACGUGCAGAUGCUGAACUUGUCGGCGGACUGGCUGUCCAUCUUCCUUCCUCACGUCUUGCAGAAGAUCAAUCGGGUUACCUAUGGUAUCAUGACGGAUGCCCAGGUGGACCAGGCGCUGAUUCGGCAGCCGGGGAUGCCCAUGACCCGCGCGAAGCUGUCCAUCCCCUUCAUCGGCAAGGACGUGCCGUCGCCCUCCUCAGAAUUCGCACACCCGGACAUCACCAUCGGGCUGACGCUGCUCAGCCUGCGCUACGAGGGCCUCAGGAUGUCCGACUACGAGGCGGUGCUGGAUCUGCUGGUGGCGAACCUGGAGAGCGAGCCGGGCCUGGCGGCGGAGCGGCCCACGGCGCUGCUCUUCAAGCGCUGGGUGGAGGGCUCCGGCGGGGUGCUGGCCACCCGGCGCCAGGAGCUCCAGGACCUGAGCCCUGAGCAGCUGGCCGCGGCCCGCGCCGCCGAGGUGCGGGAGAAGAAGGUACGGAUUCUGCCGUUGCACAUGCUGGAGCGCAGCAACCGGCGCCAGAUGAACGAACUCUUCAAGCUACUGCGAAAGAACGGCCAGGUGGUGGCCUGGUACUUGGAGUCCAUCGUGUUCCCCGAGCACUUGCGCUUCCAGGAGGUGAAGCUCAUGUCCUCGGGCCAAGACCUGGGCGGCGCCCUGCUCUUCAAGGAGCGCAUCGGCUUCAGCGGCACGCCCUCGGAUCUGAUGCCGCGGGAGCUGGGGUCCUGCGACUUCGAGCCGGGCAGCGAGGGCUCCAUCGUGCACACCUUGACCAAUCCGCAGGUUGUGUCCUUCGAGGUCUUCGGGGCAGACUGGACCGUCACAGGCCUGUUGGACCGCAUCGCGGUGGGGGGCUUCCAUGCCCUCAUCGACACAGGCGCGCUGAUCACGGGUUUGUCCAACAAGGAGGUGGCGGUGUAUCUGCUGGGCUUGGACAACGGGGACCCCCACCCCACGCUGCCGAGCUCCUUCCACGGCGUGGUCUUCAUCGACGAGGAGGGAUCCAAGAAGAUCCUGCUGCGCCAGACCCAGGAGGUGCUGAACCUUGCGGACUGCGGUAUCCCCGCAGUGCACCGUUUCGCCUUCUACGACCAGGUCCACACGACAGGCAUGGACAUCCAGCACAAGCGCGACUGUGUUGGCGCCAUCACCUUGGGCAAGGACAUGGUCUUCAGAGACUACGCGCAGGGGGCCUACCGCCUCCGCGGCAUUGGAAAGGGCCAGAAGCUGCGAAUCCUCAUCAUCCCCGAGGUGCGCGAGCUGAUCAGCAAGAACAUGCAGGCGGCCAACAUAAAGGACCCCUGCACGGACAAGAGCAUGCUGGGCGAUGUGUGCGGGUGGCUGGUGCUUAACAGCAUGCUCUCAGACCGCCUGCAGUUCAACGUGCUGCAGACUCAGAACCUGUGCAACAUUUGGCGCAAGAACGCCUGGAACACGCUCAUGGAUAAGUAUGCCCUCUUGCAGCUGCCGGAGAUCGUGGACUGCGUGGAGGUCUUCAAAGAGCCGAUCGACUUCAAGGUGCUGGACAAGGUGCCGGUGCCCCGAGGCCUGCUGCAGAUCGUCCAGGGCCGGGCGGAGGAGUACACCAAGUACAUCCUCACGGCAGAGGACCGCUCCGCCGUGGAGUGGGUCAUCAAGAAUGUGCUGGAGGUCCAGGGCAUGGAAGUGGGCGAGCAGACCCUGGAGGCGGAGGCCGAGCGCGAGGCGGAGGCUGAGCGAGAGAUGGAAGAGGAGGAAGAAGAAGAGCGCGAGCAGCAGAUCGAGAUCGAGAAGUUCGUGGAUCUCAUGUACUGCCGCGACAGCGAGGAGCCCAACAGCUGGCCCUUCGAAAGCCUCAAGCAGGAGCGGCCGCCGCAGUUCUACCAGGCCAGCCAGUUCCGGCUCUUCAAGGGCCGCAGUCUGGACACCUUGCCCCAAGACCUGCUGCUCUCGGAGAACUAUUACAACCCCAAGUGGUCCGGAUUCCGGCGCCUCAAGAACACCUGCGUGGUCAUGGAGUGGCUCCCAGGCGGCUGCCCGGCGGAGCGGCUCAAGGACGUGCUGGUGCUGAGCGAGACGGAGGACGGGCUGAUGCGGAAGUGCUGCCGACGCGCCUUGGACCUCUUCACCGCGGAGGGCAAUGCCGCCGGCGGUGUCGGAGGCCGGCUAAGCCCGGAGCGGGUGGGCACGCUGCUGCGGCUCUUGUUCGACCAGGGGGACCCGGCGCUGCACGACGCCAAGACCGCCUUGUCGCUGGUGGGUGGGUCGCCGAAUGGCAUUGGCCUGGAGGAUAUGGUGAAGCUCCUGCUGCACUCCCACUUCCGGCCUCAGGACCGGGGCCGCUACUUCGUGGCCUUGAGCCUUGCGGAGGGCGAGACGCUGCGCAGGAUCUUGCACUGCAAGCUUCCCCACGGCCCGCCCCUGUCGCCGGCGAACACGGCCAUCGGCCUGCGGUCCCUGACCUCCGGCUUCUCCGUGCUCGACCGCUCCGUGGGCUUCGAGGAGGGCGCCACCUACCAGACGCUGCGUGCCAUGCAGCUCUGCCGCUACUUCGACACCCAGGUCUUCUACAAGGACGAGGAGCUCACCGCGCUGCUGCGAGGCCUGCAGCACGAGACCCCCUUCGCCCGGCGGAGGUUCUUCGAGCAGAUCGGGGGCUGCCGGCGCCGUGCGGUCGGGGACUGGGCGGAGCGCCCCAUCGCGGUGGCGCUCACCGUGCCCUCGGAGUUUGAGAUCAUGGUGCAGAGGAUCCGGGCGGUGCGGCUGCGUGAGACCAUCAGCGGCAAGGGCCUGGGGGUCCAGGAGGCCUUCGAGCGAUUCGACCUCCAGCAGGUAGGCUUCUUAGGGCCCAUCGAGAUCUGCCAAGCGCUGCGACACAUGGGCUUCCACACGGGGCCCGACGAGAUCCUGGACUGGCUCGAGGCCAUGGACGAGAGCGGGGACCACGUGGUGUCCUACCGCGAGUUCUUCGGAUUUGUGAAGCACAAGGUAGAUGCCUUCAUGAGCGGGGACCACGCCAUCGCCACGGAGCUGGGUACCCAGCUGCAGCUGGCCGCCCCCGCGGGCGCGGGGUCCGCGGCGCCGGGGCCGCCCGCGCUGGACCGAGCCGUGACCGGCGCUCCGGAGGUGAUGACCAAAACCCCCAGCCUCGGAGUGCCCCCCACCUUGGGGCGCGCCACCUCCGACAGCCGAGGUGGUGGGCCAGGGCGCGGGCCGCCGGCCCUGAAGCGGGAGAUCUCGAAGAAGGCGGAGAUCUCGCAGAAGGAGCGGGACACCAUCUCCAACAAGCUCCAGGACCGCAUUGCGCGGAGGAAGGUGGAGGAGGAGAAGGAGAAAGAGCACAUCGCAGUAGAGGAGGAAGAGAUGCAGAUCGCCAUCGAGGAGCAGCACGGCGCCAAUCCUCUCUACACCUACGCCAAUCAAGUGUGCAGCGGCGCCACCACAGCCGACUUCGACUUCCAGAUGGAUUACCUCCCCAAGGAUUGCUUCGCCUUUGGCUUCGUGGAGCCCAUCUCCGUGGAAGGUGCCAAGGGCUUCCUGCAGGUGGACAAGCGGAGCUUUGUGCAGGUCACCAAGCUCCAGCUGCCCCCCAACGGAGGAUCCAGCAAGAAGCUGAACAUCUACGGCCUCACGCUGUCCUUCAACUGCCCCAGCCUGCCCCAGAGCGAGCCGGGGGGCGGCGCGGUGUCGGCGGUCCGGGUGAACAUCCACUACGCCAUCGCGGACGUCUACUUCGUCUACGCGGGCAAGGAGAAGGGGGACCAGAAGAGCCACACCCACGAGUUCAAGUUGGAGCCCGGCGAGCAGCUCACGGACAUCAUCUGCCGCUCCGUGAGCGACGUGGGCAUCUACUCCCUGGUCUUCAAGACCACACAAGGCCGCACAUCUGAAACCUUCGAGGGAGAUGAGUUGGAGUACAUGGACUCCGACGACCUCCAGAAGAAGACCUGGAACGCGGGCCGCGGGAACAUGAUCGCCGGCUUGAAGACCAAAGUCACCGACGGGGUGGUCAGCAUCACGGGCAUCACCAAGAAGCCGGUGAACCAGAGCGGCAAGCAGGAGGCGCCUUCGGACCGCCUCACCUUGGUCUCGCUGAGCCGCGCCGCCAACGACGCCGACAGCUACGAGCAGGGCACGGCGGGGGCGGCCACCGGUGGCCAGGAGCCGGAGGCCUGCGUGGGCUGCGAGCUCUUCGUGUGGAAGGACGGCACCAUCGCCCCAGAUGGGUUCCAAGCCCCGGAGCAGCGUCAACCCACGGUGGACGAGAGCGUGCUACAGGGCCGCUGGGAGCUGACAUUUGAGGAGCAAGCGCCCUUGGGCGCAGAGGGCUUCGUGUGGCAGAUGACUUUGUCAGUGGACGCCGCGGGAAGAAUCCAGGGAGACGGCAUUCCCAUCAAGCGGAAGAAGAACGUCAUGCAUCCGAGGAAGGUGAGCGCCGCCGGGGUGGAGGCUCCGGUGCCAGUGUUUUCAGACGAGGCGCUAGAUCAAAUGGAGGAGAAGGCUCUGGAUAUGGAGUCUAUGGUGGGGGAGGAUUUGACGCCGCGUGAAAGCGGCGAAGACGAGCCGAUUCCAGCGAAGAAGCGCAAGGAAAAGCAAGGAAGGCGCCGCGUGGACAUUAGCGAUGACGAGGGGUGCGAUGACGAGGGGUGCGAAGAAGAGGAGGAGUGUGAGGAGUUCAAUUUCAAUGAGGAUGCCGAGGAGGAGCAGAAUGAGUCGGAGCGUGGAUCAAGAGGCCGAGAGGUGGACAGGGACACACUCUCCGAGGGCCUUCUGCAGUUCUAUGACCACGUCAUAGAGCUCACGGAGGUGCUGGAUACCUAUAACGGUGAUUUGGGGAACGUGCUGCGGCGCUACAAGCAGCUUUUCGAGCUCUUCAAGGGCAUCAGGAAGAACAAGAAGCUGCGGCGGGAGUUCCAAGAGUGUGGCCUCGAGGACAAGUUCGACCGCAUGCAUGCGUUGCUGUCGGAGCACAACAUCGAAGAGGAGCUGGAACAGUUCUUCGAGGAGCUCUAUGGCUGCGAGUCCGGCUCCGAAUACGACACAGACAGUGAAGAGGAGGCGGAGCCAGACGCCGACAAGGAGAAGGACGCCAAGCCCGAGAAGAAGGCCAUCCGCAUCGUGGCGCUGCGCAGCGAGGGGAAGUUGGUGGGCCGGCAAGUGACCUUGGACAUCUUCGGGGAUCAGAAGAAGUCUUCGGAGAAGAAGAAAGUGGUGGAUGAAGAUGACGAGGAUUGCGAGGAGGAGGAGCAGCCGUCCACAGUACAAUUCUGCUUUGACGGAGCUGUGGUGGAUGAAAGUGACACCUCUGCUCUGCUGAAGGGCGAGUGGCGAGCGGCCAACACCACCCCCGAGCCCGGCAUGGAGGACGUCCCCAUGAUCACUGCGGGGCGCUGGAGCGCUAUGCGGGUGGUGGACGAGAGCUCGCGGCUGGUGGGGCUGUGGCGCGUGUCCAUCGGACUUCAGGACGGUGCCCAGGCCUAUGCCUUCACCAUGUGGCUCACGGUGCACUUUGCCGUGGAGUCCCGCUCCGGCGCGGUGAAUGGCCUGCUGGUGGAGGGCCCCGGUCUGGACGAGGUCGGCGGCAAGGCGGUGAAGGCCACGGUGGACGGAUCCCUGAGCAGCCGCUCCCUGCGGUUGCAGGUGAAUGGCUGGAAGGGCCGGGCCAUGCUGGAGGGCCAGCUGGACCGCAAGGGCGGCGCCAUCGCCUCCAUCACAGGCUUCUGGUGGUCCCUGGACGCCAACGAGAUCUCGGGGACCUGGUCCGCCUCACGGCUGGACAGCACGGUGCUGGAGAAGCUCAUUGAGCCCAAGCUCACCGGCGAGCCGCCCCUGGUGACCAAGUGCUCGCCGGGAUGUCGCCUCACCGCGCAGGGGCUGAAGAACAAGGGGAAGCCGAUGUGCUCUAGCAAGCACAUGCUGAGCAGCAAGAAGAACGCUGACGACUAUGAAGAGGAAAUGGAGUGCGAGCGCUGUGGGCGCGAAGUCAACGGGCCUCACUGGCAUUGCCCCCGAUGCGAAGUCUGCGUCUGCUCCCGCUGCGAGAAGCAGACCGUCGCCAAGGACAUCGACGAGGACGAGCGGCGACAGGCGGAGGUGGCGGCGCUGGACCGCUUCAAGCUGGCGGGCAAGGUCUACUUCGAGUUGUCCGUGGAGAAGGUCGGGGAAGGCGGCCUGCUGGGCCUGGCCCUGCAGAACGCCGACGACGACUACGCCCCCGGCGAGGACAUGGGCACUUUCGCGCUGAUGCACUCGGGGAUUUGCCGUCACAAUGGCAAGGAUGACGGCAAGAGUGCCGCCUGGAAGGACGGCGUGGUGCUGUGCGUGGCCGUGGACUGCGACGCCGGCACCGUGCAGAUCGCCACGUUGGACAAGCCCGCCUUCGAGACGGUCUUGCAGCUCGCGGACGAGGAGAAGCCGGCGGAGGUGGGCCUGCCGCUGGUGGCACUUCUGUCGCCGGGGGACAAGGGGGCGAUGACUGUGAACGUGGGGCAGCAGCCCUUCAAGCUCCAACCCCCGGCAAAGGAGUACAAGCCGAUCGCGGAGUUGAUGGAGCUGCGCAAGCAGUGGCGCGUGACGUUGCCUGACAAUGUGGAGACGUGGCCAGUCUACGUGAAGCCGUCGCGGCAGGCGGAGGGCGCGGAGUCCCUGCAGGCGCAGUGGGGCUUCGAGGAGCUGGCGCUGGCGGAGGAGAACGGGGUGAAGUGGGUCCGCCACAACGGCGGCUGGUCCCCGGUCUCUCUGGAAGCGCUGGGACGUCUUUGCACAGGCCUCACGCCGCUGCCAUCCACCAUCGACGCCCUGGAGAAGCGUGGAGAUGCCAACGGUUUCAAGUUCUUCCGCCUGGUGGUGACCAAAGUCCGCGGCGGCGACACGGUGAACGGCGUGGCACUGGGGCAGCUGCUGCUCCGCAAGGAGGGCGUGGAGCUGGACCUCGCAGAGGCCACGGCGGAGAACCCGGACGGCCAAUGCGCGGACGGGGAGGGCCCGCAGAACGCCAUCGACGGCAGGACCUCCACCAGGUGGCACACCUCAGUGCUGAGCCCCCUGGUGAUCAAGCUCCCGAAGCCGGCGCUGAUCGACAGCUUCAGCUUCCGCACAGCGCCCUCGGAGGAGCAGCUGGACCCCGUGGAGUGGCGACUGGAGGCCUCCAACGACCAAUCCACCUGGAAGGUGCUUCAUGGCCAGGAGACCAGCUACCACCCCCCCAAGCGGCGCUGCGGUCAGGCUUCCUGGUUCGAGACUUCGAACCGGAACACGGGCACGGGGAAGAGCAAGCUGGUGCCGUGGACCUCCGGCGCCAAGGUGCAGGCUGGGGCCUGGCACGCGCUCACGCUGAGUGUGGAUUUGCCCAACUCCAAAGUCACUGUGUGGCUGGACGGGGAGGUGGCGCUGGAGAUCUGCGACCCCAGCAGCCCGCUGCUGCGCUGCGACGGGCCGCUGAGUUUGGACCCGGCAGAGGGGCUGUGCCUUUUCGGGCGCAAGCCCUUCCUGAAGAAGGAGUGGAGCUGGAUGCUGGGAGCGCAGAUCAAAAACCUCCAGCUGCAGACCCUGGUGCCCAGCCUCUUCAACGUUUGGGCGCUGCAGAUGCCGCUGGGCGUGUGGAUCUGCCGAGAGGGCUCUUGCAAGACCACGGGCCUCUUCACCCGCAACGCCGCCAGCAGCUCUCAGUGCUGGCGCUGCAAGUGCGGCCGCAUCCGGUCGGCCUUCCGACCGCCCAACGACACGGACCCCCGGCAUCCGGGCAUCAAGAUCAUCACCACGGACUCGUUGGAAGAGAUCCUGGAGAAGGACAAGUGCGUCUUCAUCGCGCUCUCGGCGGACUGGUGCGGGGCCUGCCAGCAGAUGAAGCCGGCCUGGUUCGCCCUGGCCAAACUCCUGCAGACUUCCUCGGCGGUCACCGUGGCGGUGAUGAACAUCGACGAGAACGACGUGGACCGGCGCUACUUCCCCGAGCGCCACAUCCCGGUGGUGAAAUUGCUGGUGAAGAAGGUCUCCGAGGAUGGCAUGGACGAGAAGCCCACGGUCCUCCCUUACGAGGGUGGCCACAGUAUCGCCAGCUGGCUGAGCUUUUUGAUGCAGCACACCAGCCUCAACCUGCAGGAGGUCCUGGAUUCCAACUACGACUCCUACGUCAAGGAGUUCAACAUCGAGAGCCUGCUCAAGGCCUUGACGGCUGCAGCCCGCACCGCCUUGAAGGAGGGUUGGGGCGCAGACAGCGCGGUGGGGGGCGGCAAUGCCGGCGGAUGGCGAAGGCUUUGCGCCUUCCUCUGCAACUACUGCUGGGAUCCCGACCAGUACAGCCAACUCCCUGCCGCGCCCGAAACGGGCGAAGACGAGCUCUGGAUCCGUCUUCUGCUGAAGCGCGUGAACGAGGAGGCGGAGAAGGCUUUGCGCGGGGGGCACCCGCGACAGCCGUUGGCUUUCCUGCUGGAGCAGGUCUUCCUCCCGGGCUCGAAGCCGGACGAUCUGCAGACCAUCCGCGCCGGAAUGCUGGCGGAGAACGUGGUGCAGCGGGGCGACUCAGGGGAGAGCAAGGACCGCGCGGCGGCCCAGCAAUGGUCCGCCGUGGAGCAGCAGAAGGCGGCGGCCAGGGCAGAGCCCAUGGCGCGGCCGAUGCUGCAGAGGAGUUGGGCCAAGAUCAAGCAGGCCAUCGACUCCAGGUCGCCGAAGCGGAUGCAGACGCUGCAGGAGCUGCUGACGAGGGGCCUGGAUUUGGACUUCGAGGACUUGGGCCACGAGCAGCCGAGCGUGAUGUGGUUGGCGGCCGCCAACAACGACCUCGAGGUGCUGCAGUUCUGCCUGGCCUACGGCGCCAACCCCCACCGCGCCACCGAGGGCGUCUUGCCCACCGAGGCGGCGGCCGCCACCGGGUCCCUGCAGGCUUUGGCCAUGCUGCUGCGGGUGGGCGCGGUGUGCGGCCGCGCGCUGCACUUCGCGGCGGCGACCUCGCAGCUGGGGGCUUUGAAGGUACUGGUCAACGCCAAGGCGGACGUGUGUCUCCGGGUCAGAGGCCUGUCCCCUUUGGCGGUGGCGGCCAGCCGCGACAACGACGAGGUCGUGAGGUUUUUGCUCGCCAACUGGCAGCAGGAGCCCCUCCUGGGGUCCGAGGCCUGUGAAGCCCUGGGCCUCAACCCAGGCACU